AUGGUCCUCACGCCCCACGGCUCCCUCGACCUCCAGCCGCCCCCCCCGCCCCCCGCCGCCCUCUCCCCCCUCCUCCUCCCCGACCACCCGGCCACCGCCGACUCCUACUUCACCCGCCCCGUCCCAAAACACAGCAGGACAUCCGCCAGCAGCUUCUCCAAGCUCUCCGAGUUCAGCCUCGACAUCCCUCUCCUCGACGACAAGGACGGCAUCGUUGCAUCUCCAGAGCCCGUCGACGAGAACGGCGUCAGCGGCGUCAGGCAUACCGCCCUCAGUGUCGAUGCUAGCGAAUGGCGGCACCCCGUUUUCAAACAAAAAGUCCUUGCCGUUCUGCGACGCCUCCGGAUCCCGCGUUGGUCCUCGCCCGUUCUGACACCGACCAACGUUCACCUCCAAAAAGUAUCCGGUGCCCUGACCAACGCCGUCUUCUUCGUCUCCUUCAACCCGGCCCCGAACCCCACGUCCCCUUCCGAAUCGCCCCUCCUCACACCCACCAUCCUCCCUUCCGACCCGACCCAUCCCCCACCACUCACCCCCGAGCAGUACCCCCAGACUCUGCUGUUCCGUGUCUAUGGCCCCAGCUCUGACGCGCUCAUCUCUCGCUCAGAGGAGCUUCGCAUACUCCAUGUCCUCAACUCGCAGUACGGCAUUGGCCCAAAGGUGUAUGGCACAUUUACAAACGGGCGGGUGGAGCAGUUUUUCCCUUCGCGCGCUUUGACCGCCGAAGAAUUGCGGGAACCAGCCAUCUCGCGGGGCAUCGCACGCCGCUUGCGCGAGCUCCAUUCCGUCGACCUCCGUCUUCUAGGCUACGAACAAGGCAAGCACACGGAACCUGCUGUAUGGAAAUGUCUGAGGGAAUGGUCAGAAGCUGCCGAAGAAGUCUUGACGCAGCUCGAGGGUCUGGGGAGUAAAUGGGAGAACUGGGUGCAGAGAUUUAGCUUGCACAAGAUCAGAGAUGAAGUCAGGAUCUACCGGCAAUAUGUGGAAGCAAACGCUGGAAAAGGAAAGGAAGCCGUGUUUGCUCACAAUGACACUCAAUAUGGCAAUCUUUUGCGGUUAGACAACGACCUCCCUCCCAACACCCCAGAUCAUCGUCGUUACGUUGUGAUCGACUUUGAGUAUGCCUCCCCAAACCCUCGUGGGUUUGACAUUGCCAACCAUUUCCAUGAAUGGCGCGCAAACUACCAUCAUCCCACCCUCUCCCACUCCCUCCACCCCCACUUCCCCUAUCCCUCCAUCUCCCAGCGCUCUGACUUUUAUCGUGCCUACCUCUCCAUCACCGUCGACGGCUCCAACGGAAAAGAAAUUGUGGGCAAGAGACAGGAUGUGCCAGAGGAGAGGGUGCAGGCUUUGGAGAGGGAGGUGAGGCUUUGGAGUCCGGGAUGUAGUGUGUUCUGGAGUCUGUGGGGGAUUGUACAGGCACAAGAGCAUGUGGAUGCACUUGCAGAUGACAACAAGGAUUAUAAAUUAGAGUUUGACUAUCUGUCUUAUGCUGUUGAACGCCUUGAAAUGUUCAGGGAUGAGGCUAAAAAGAUGGGUGUCCCCCUAUAG